GAGCCGUCGCAGUAACCGUCAUAUAAGCUUCUGUUACAAUUUGCCCUAAAUGUGUUUGUGUUUUAACUAAUGCUGUGUAAUUGAAGACGAAAUUGACAUAUCUAAAAAGACGUGGCGUUUAAAAUGUUGCUAUUUAGUUUAGCUUCCUUAUAUAAUAUCAUACAAACAAAUAGUUCAUUUGAACUCUUAUCAAGGCAGCAAUGACCUAAUGCAUGAAGAAAAACAUGUUACAUUUCUCAAGAUUCACAACAAAUGGUUAUUUCGGUUGUCAAAAUUUUUCUCAACUAUGACAAAACUUAUUCAGUUUGACAGAUACAUGGCAUCUAUAUUGUUGCUUAUUAUUGCUACUGUUUUUGAUUAAGAAGAGGAUUAUUACACUUUUCCUUGACGGACUAAGGGAUAAAUUAUUUUUUUUUAAUGCUGCGGCUGGCAACUGUAAACAACUGUAAAGCAGCUAAGAAACCAGCACUCACCAAUCCUAAUUUUGUUGCUCGUCAUCAAUUUGCUGUACAACAUUCACCUUGGACAUUCAGGCAACAUUGGAGCAGGACCAUAUGCAUGGAUGAAAAGGUGUACCCAAUAAAAAUAAUACAUUAUUUAUAUAUUUUGUAAUAAGACUGCCAAAGUGAACUCUUUUUACAGCUUUUUACAACAGAAAAAGACAGCAGAUGUAGGGUGUGGCGACCAGUUGGUACAAGGAACGAUGCACCUUAUGUUUUGCCAAGAAACCACAGUGGCCGUAUAAAUAUAAAUUGCUGGGGAUGGAUGUCUGCAACUGGACCAGGAAAUCUGAUCGAAGUUGCUGUGCAGUUAAAUGCAGAAGUAUAUGAAGGACUUCUGGAGGGUUGGCUUCUUCCUGGAGCACAAGAAAGAUUUUCAGAUGAAGAAAUAGUCUACAUCAUAGAGGACAACAGCCCUAUUCAUACUGCCAGGUGUAUAAGGCAGUGGAUGGAGCGCCAGAUAGGGCCACUAAUCAUGGACAACUCCGUCGUGAGGCCAUUAGAGCUUGGGACAAUGUUAGAAAUAAGCAAAACUAUUGCCACAACUUGAUGGAUUUAAUGUCACGAAGACUGCACGCUGUUAUCGAAGCUAAAGGUGCCUACAUUGAUUAUUAAAAAUAUAAUCAUGGAAAUUGAAUGAUCAAAUACUUGUGAUCAUAGAUAAAAAUUAACGAAUUUUGUUUUUUUAUUUUACGGUACUCUGAGAAACAGAGCAAGGUUUUUAUCCAUAUAGAAGCAGUGCUUUCCUUGCAUUUCCAGUGGACUUCUUCAUCAGAUGCACUGUGGGUUCGUACAAUAAUGGUGAAUAAGUUUGACCAGCAUCGAAGCCAACCAGUCCACGGAUGCCAUAAUCGAAUAGCACUAGAUUAUAUCAGCAACUAAAGUUGUAAUCCACGUCAGGUUUUGAUCAUCAAAAGUACUUCAGCUCAUGCAAGCUUUAAAAGCUUUUGGAUAAGAAGUCAUCUCGCUGCUAUAGGUACGCACUUGAACUUGUGUCUAGCUGUACCUCUGUUUUGAAUCCCACGGGUAGACCACAGUGCUUACAGCUAAUACACGUAAGGUUGCCUCCUGGUUACGCAGUCAAUGCGCCAGUUAUGAGGCUAAGGAAAGUACAGAUGGCUCAUUACAGAAAGGCGAUACCGAGAGCGCCUGGUCCCUGAACAACGAUGCUUAUCGCUUCUCCAAUUAUCUCGCCGAGACUCGGAGCAUCUUAUCUCUGGACAGUCCUCUGUAGGCGUUACCCGAAAUUCUAGGAAAAUCUGCUAUUCAAAUUGAAAAACAGUGUGAAACUCAGGGCGAUCCUCUACUUCUCGUUCGUCAGCACAUGGAACCACCUCGCAAAUUCAUCUUCGUUACUGCCCAAGAUGCGAUAGUUCUUAUUCAAGUGUGCCCAGUCGAUAUUCUUCGACAACUUCUUCUCGAGCAGCGAGGUCCAGACACUGAGGAUGUGAAAGCUUAUUUCUAGAUGUAAUCACCCGAGCAAGCCUGUGCCACCUCUUUUAGUUUUUCUACGCUAGAAAGUUCUCAACAUGCGCAAUUAUUUGAGCGGGCCACAAGAGCUUUCUUCUUGAAUGGAGGGCAAAGAAUUGCAGCUGUUCAAUCAACAGAGCCACACACUCCAUUUCCAAGUCUCGCUGCAGGAAAUACGGAGCAAAAGGCCAUUUAAGAUAUGGGACAGUUGGCGUAAUGUUCGAAAAGGAUUAGUUGUCAGCAAUUUUGAAGAAUUAGUUCAUCGAGGGAAAGAAAAAUUAGGAGUUCCUCAAAAUGAAAUUGUUUCUUUAGUUCUCGAAUCAGAUGGGACACAAGUGGAAGACGGUGAAUACUUCAAAACAUUGUCAAAUAACACGAUUCUUCUUCUCUUACGACAUGGCGAGCGUUGGUGCCCAACAGGUGUCGAUAUUAUACGCGCUGCUAUCUCGGCAAUUCCAAAAAUAGUUUGUGAAACUAUACACGCUUUAGAAUUGCAUGAUGAAACGCCUUCGUGGAAGAUUAUGGACAAUAAAGGACGAGUUACAGUGGUACUGCACUGGGAUCAACGUUCAUCAACAUCGACUCAAGUACAGCCACCAAAGGUUUCAGAUUCUGGACAAUCUGCUAAGUAUUCACCAACGAAGAAGGUCGAUUUGAGUUCCACUCAACGGCCUUCAUUGGUUAUUCAAACAAGUCUUGAUAAAAUAAAUUAUAGUAACAAAGCGCCAACUUGUCCUGAGGUUGUAGGAUCAGGGUCGCGUUACAGUAGCCCGCAAAUCACUGUGAUAAAUCAUGAUGAUAUGGUGCAGCGGAGCUUCGUCAGUCCAAGUAAUAGUUCCUACGGAUCAGCCAAUCACCAUGGCCGGCUUGUUAAACAGGGUACCAGCUCUUUAGAUAACGCAUCUAUUCAUAUCCACACUGCCGAAUGUUCAAACCAUAUACACCAUCCAGUUACGCGUAACGGUAGCCCUGUAAAUGUUACUGAUGGCCCGGGACAAGAAUGCGACUUUCAUUGUUGUGCUCUACAUGAAGAAGGUCGACGUAUUGCUGUACAUAAGUCUGUGGCAACGUCGCCAAUUCAAGAUUCACAACUACAUGGACCUCAUCAGUCAUCUCAGACACCUUCGCCGCAGCCAACAAGUUCACUUUCAGAUGGGACGCGCCGUCAUGGAGUAUCAAAAGGUCAUGUACGAUUCCGCGACACAGAAACAGAAGAAGAAUCAUUACCUCGAGCUCAUUCUGUACAUCGCAUUCAUCAGCAACAUUUUGAACAACAUGAAAGUUCAGAAUCUGAGACCGAAAAUACAAUUAUAGAGGAUGAAGUUGUUACUACAGAAAAAUUUUUGUUACUCAUCGAUCAACUAACAGUUGAUCAGAAACACCAUCUUAGCAUUAAGGAUAUAGGUAUUAUACUUGAAAGAUUAAGCUCAAAAAUACUUGACGUAGAAAGACUUGAUCGAGAGAACGAAAGCGACGAGUGUUAUAAUUGGACUAUUAAAGCAUUAAUAAGAGGCGACAUGUUGCGUGAACUUGGUGUUAUCUACAAUGGUAAUUAUUAUGCUAUUUCGGAACAUCCAGGAUAUAAAGAAGAGUCAGAAGAAAAUAACGAUGAUAAUGAUGACGAAGAAGAAGAAGAAGAUAGACUUUAAAGUCGAUAUGAUUUUAUACCAGUCUCCUUGACUCAUCCUACUUUCAACUUACUUUUUUCUCUUGCACGUUUAAUAUUUUAAUUUCUUUGUCGAUAAACACAUCAUACUCAAAAUCCUGACUGUAAACAUAGAGCUUGCAAUGUGGUGCAAUAAAAUGGGAAUUCGCCUAUGUCUAAUCAUAUACAACUGUUAUUAUGUUACGCAUUUUGUUUAAGAAAUAAUUGUUGAUAUUUACACUUAAAUAAUAAAAAUAAGAAGUCAUAUAUAUA